GUUUUAAAGCUAAAGAUAUUGGUGAAUGCUUAUAUAAAAUUCAUGAUGAUAGUAUUAGACCAAGACAUUUCCUUGGCGUAGACAACAAGGAUGAAAUAGAAGCCAUACUUUCAGAUUGUGAAGGCCAUUUCUUAUAUGAAUAUAUUGAUG